GAAUAUGAUUAAAUUGUUAAGCAGAUUUGCAUUCAAUACAAUAAAAGUAAAUCUUUAAAAUAAAUAAAGCAACCAUCUGUUGCAGUGUUUAAUUCUAAGAAAUAUGAUAUAGACUACUUGACAAAAGUAAACAUAAGUCUUCCAGAAGAAAAAUAAGUUAAAUUAUAAUUUUUUGCAGAAUAAUUAAAUGAGAAUAGUGCAAGACUAGCACAUGAAUGUGAUACAGUUUGGUAAAUAUAUAGUUUUAUGAUGUUAUAAGUUGUUUUGUGAAUGACAAAGUUUCUGCCUAGGUCUUAAGAAAGCUUUCUGCAUAAGGAGUAGAUUUGGUAGCUUUAAGAUGUGCUGGAUUUAACAAUGUUGAUUUAAAAGAAGCUGAUAAACUUGGAGUUAAGGUUGUAAGAGUUCCAGCUUAUUCUCCAGAAGCAGUUGCAGAAUUUACAAUUGCUCUCCUCCUAUCUCUGAAUCGUAAGAUUCAUAAAGCAUAUAAUCGAACAAGGGAUCAUAAUUUUGCUCUUGAUGGACUUGUUGGAUCCAAUUUGCAUGGAAAAACAAUAGGAUUGAUUGGACUUGGAAAAAUUGGAAUUUGCUUUGCCAAAAUUUGUAAAGGAUUUGGAAUGAAUGUCAUUGCUUAUGAUCCUCAUAGAGAUCAAAAAUUAGCUGAAUCUUUGGGAUUUUAAUAUGUUGAUGAAAGUGAUAUUUUUUACUAAAGUGAUUACAUCUCCUUACAUUGUCCAUUAACUCCUUAAACCAGACACAUAAUCAAUGAACAUUCAAUAACUAAAAUGAAGGAAAAUGCUAUGAUUGUUAAUACAGGUAGAGGGGCACUUAUUGAAACUAAAGCAGUGGUUAAUGCUUUAAAAAAAAAAAAAAUUGGAGGUUUAGCAAUAGGUAUAAUUCUAAAAUAGUAAAUAAGAUGUUUAUGAAUAAGAAGAAAAAUUAUUCUUUAAAGAUAUAAGUUAAGAAGUUCUAACUGAUGAUGUUUUAGCCAGAUUGCUAUCAUUUCCUAAUGUUAUAAUUACUGGACAUUAAGCCUUUUUCACACAUGAAGCAUUGAUGAACAUUAGCUAAACAACUUUAAAUAACAUUUAUGAAUCUAAGACUUAAGGAUCAUGUAUAAAUUAAGUCCAUCCAUAAUGAGAAUUAAAUUCAAUAUAAAUAUUAUAUUAAGC